AAACAAGUUGUUAUUACAUUCUUUGACUACCUCCAGGCAGAGAAACUACUUCACCACGAAUUUCAGUCGAGUGAACGUUCAAAAGCGGAGCUGACAGAGGUUAACUGUUCACAGUUGCCAAAGCAAUUCUCCACAUCGAGUGUUAGGCAGAAUGUAUGAAAACACCACUCGACUCGCCACUUUAAAUUUAAGUCGUCAAACACCGACCAUCUUAACUGAUGCGACAGGUGGAGCUGUUAUUGCGCUUGAUGGACUCAUUUCCAUAUUUGGGACGUUAGGAAACCUUCUCGUAUUAGCAGUGAUUUUUGUUGCGCUUCGUUUCUCAACAGUUUCCAACAUCUUGAUAGCGAACUUGGCUUGUGUUGAUUUACUGACCGUUACCGUGCUGAUUCCAGGUGAUAUUGCACGUCACUUGUGUGCUAGAAUGGGACUUUGUCACGCGGACAGGACAUUGGUGUUGCUGCACCGUGUACUGGCUCAGUUUAUUGUUACUGCUGCCUCAACAAGUUUAUUUUUUAUCGCAUUGGAGCGUUUCAUAGCCAUUGCUUUUCCAUUUCGUUACAAGUCCCUGUUCACGAAGACAAAAGCUACAGUGUGUUCUUUCCUAACUUGGACCUCGGGUGCAAUAAUUACCGGUAUUUUCCACGGUUUAAAUAUCAUUUACGUUCAAAACACCUACUGCAUCUUGCUACUUUUGGUUACAUUCAUACUAUACUUUUACAUGUUCUUCGUUGCCUUAAAACACGAAAAGAAAAUAGCUUCAACGCCGGCUAACUAUAAUAUGCGGCCGACUCAACUCCUCUGGGAGAGCAAGUCGGCCAAGACAAUGGCUAUUGUAUUGGGUGUGUACGCACUUUGCUGGUUUCCCUCAGUGAUAUUUUACUCAGUGGUUCGACAAACUGAUUGGUUGUACCCAAGACUCCAAGUCUGGAUAAAUACAGUGUACUAUUUGAAUGCUACCUUAGACCCGUUAAUUUACUCUGUGCGAAGUGAGAAGUUUCGUAGAUCUGUUAACAAGCUUCUCACAUCGUGAUUUAAAGAUGCGAGGCUCAGUUUGCCUCAUAAAUAAAGGGGGUAAGUCUGUAAAGAAACUGUAGUGCUGCAUCGGAUGGGAGAGUAUAACAGGAUAAUUUAGUUUUAUCAACUGAGUUGAUAACGUAAAUUGGCCACCGUAAAGAGUUUAAAAUCUGACGUUUCGAGCGUUAGCCCUUGGUUGGAGCAAUUGGAGGAAUUGCGGGUUGUGCGUGUUUAUAUAGAGCUACGUUAUUGGUGGAAAUAU